AUGUCUAGAGUCGGCAACCCCGUUUCCAAGAUUACGCGCUCCAUCGGUUCGACCGCGAGUCGUCCCGUUGUUGAAGCUCAGUACGCUUCUUUGGCCCCCAAAUAUGCCGAGCUUCUCCGCAACCGCCGUCCUCGAGUUCUCGACAACAGCCAGUCCGAUGCCCAUUCCCACGCUCGACAUCUCAUGACUCAACACGUGCCCGCCCCACACCAACCCAACCUCGUCAAGCUCCCCAGCAAUGCUCCCAGUGCCUCGGUCGAACGUCGUACUCCCGUCCCCAUUCUCUUUAAUCCCCAGACUGCCACUCAACGCCAAACUUCGGCCCCGACACGGGACUUUGUUUCAACUCCCGAGGUCCACUUUAUCGCGAAAAACCCCAAGAAUCCUGACCCCUCCAUCGCUGGUAUCGAACAUCUCGACGUUGACGAGGUCGCGCUCAGAGCUGCCUCUAGCUAG